GAAUUUAAAAACCGUAUGCUUACGACUCCACGAUCAACCUAUUUGUUUGUUUUAGUGAGUUGUCCUAUCCCACCCGCAGUACUAUACAAUUUAAAUAACUCUGAAUUAUUUUUAGACGACAACGAAUGCGAUUCUAACCCUUGCGGAAUCCACACUUGCAACAACAAUGAAGGGUCGUAUACUUGCACAUGCAACACCGGCUAUCAUUCAUCUACUACCACCACAUGCGUUGAUACCAACGAAUGCGUAAGUGGACAUGAAUGUGACCAACAAUGCACAAAUAACGAGGGUUCAUACACUUGUUCAUGCGGUACUGGUUACUUACUGGACUCAAACGGCAAAGCAUGCAACGAUAUCAACGAAUGCGACAACAACCCGUGCCACCUCCAAGCCGAUUGUGGCAACACUGAUGGUUCUUUCACCUGCGCUUGUUUCGAAGGUUACCUGGGUGAUGGUUUCAACUGCCAACCAAUUUGCGAGUACAACUGCCUUAACGGUGGAGAAUGCGUUGAACCGAACACCUGCCAAUGUACCGAACGUUUCCAAGGCCCAGUGUGCGCAGAACCUGUUUGCGAUGAAUGCGUCAACGGCGUUUGCGUUGCGGAAACCGAUGUGAACGUAUGCUCAUGCAGCGAAGGGUACAAAGGCACCAGCUGCUCCGAAGAUAUUGAUGAAUGUACUGAAGAGACCCACAGAUGUUCUGACAUCUGCAUCAACACGGUCGGUAGCUUUGAAUGCGACUGCCCUACCGGUUACAAGCUUGAUGACACUGGCUUCACUUGCACAGACCACAACGAAUGUGAGGGCGACGACCAUGGUUGUGACAUUUGCUUCAACCUUAUUGGAAGCUACCACUGCGUGUGUGAGCUUGGGUAUCAACUUAUUGCACCGGAAAACAAGAAGUGUGAAGAUACCGAUGAAUGUACCAUGGAAACUGACAUCUGUGAACAAGUUUGCAUCAACAAACCGGGUGGCUACGACUGUGAUUGCAAUGUAGGUUACAAACUUGAGGGGGAUGAGUUUAACUGCGAGGACGUUGACGAAUGUGCGAUGUCUACACACAACUGUGACCACGGAUGCUCCAACACCGACGGUUCAUUCACAUGCUUCUGUGAUAACGGGUACGAGCUUGGGGAAGACGGAGCGUCUUGCUUGGAUAUUAACGAAUGCGAGUUGAACACUCACGACUGCGAACACAUAUGCAACAACAAUGUUGGAUCUUAUGUUUGCGAGUGUAAUGCUGGAUAUUCUCUCAUGGAAAAUAUAGCCUCGUGCGAAAACAUCAACGAAUGUGAGCUUGGUACACCUUGCCACGCUGAGUUGGGGAUCUGUGACGACACCAUUGGAAGUUAUGAAUGUUCUUGUGUUGACGGUUACCAUGGCGAUGGCGUCGAUUGCACCGACAUCGACGAAUGCGAAACCGAAACACAUGAUUGCCACCACAACUGUGAGAAUAACCCAGGUUCCUUCGAUUGCAGCUGCGAGGAAGGUUUCCAUCUUACUGAGGAUCUAAAGACCUGCAGGGAAAUCGUCAACUUAUGGACCGUCAGUCGCACCGGGUGCCCUUGUUAUUGGGAUAAAACAAGAACCGCUGAUUGUGCUUGUUGCAUCGAAGGUGGAUGCCAAUGUACAUCCAAGAACCCCAAUAAGUGCGUACAGUGUGGUUAUGGAGAGGACUGCAAGUAUGAUAUUAUGGAGGAGGCCGCGCCUUGCUUUUUCAACCGAACACGACGUGUCAGCAGAUUGGUCACUGACUUGGUGAAACCGAUGAGUUGCGACUUGAGAGGAAGAUACAAAGCCAAGCAAUGUGAAGGAACCAAGUGUUGGUGCGUCAACACCAUGGGACAUAAAAUCCCAGGAACUGAAAAAUCUGGAGAACACCGACACCAACUCGACUGCGAAAACUUGUACUUCCUCAACGGCUGGACUGCCGCAGCCACCGGAUGUGAAUGUCCCUUUGAUAAAACACGCACGGAUUGUGCCUGUUGUGCCGAAGGCGGUUGCUUCUGUGGCGAGAUUGACAUCCAUAUGUGCACACAGUGUGGUAUAACUCGCAACUGCGAUUCUCUCCACGAGGAUUACCCACCAGAUCUUCGCUUCCCGAUGCUUUAGAAAUCAUCGAAGUGAUGUAGCACACGUAGUAUUUAGAGAAGUGUAACCAUGUAACCGUUCGACCAAGUAGUGACUAUAUAGUCUUAACAAAUUUCGGCACAAAAGCACUUGAUUUCAUAUAUGACUAACUCGUAGAAAACGUAACCUACAAGCUGAUUCUAUAGAUAUUAGUACAUCAGGUAUAUUCACACACGAAAAUCUGAACUAAAAUCAUAUUGGCUUUAAAGUAAAACAUAUAACCUUGUCUGCAACUGAUGUAGUUAUAUUUAACAUAAAACCAGUCUUACUAAUAGUGCAAUAAUCAUUCAGUAAACUCUUGGAAUAAAUCAUGCAAACACAA